AUGGCGGCCGGGGGUCCCGUCCAGGAGCUCUGCGAGGAGGCGACCUGCCCCAUCUGCCUGGAGUAUUUCAGGGAUCCCGUCAUGAUCGCCGAGUGCGGCCACAACUUCUGCCGAGCCUGCCUGGCCCGGAGCUGGGGGGAGUCGCCGGCCGAGGCUUCCUGCCCCCAAUGCAGGGGAACUGCUCAGCCAGGGGACCUCCGCCCGAACAGGCAACUGGCCAACUUCGUUGAAAUAAUUAAGAAACUUGGUCCUUUGGAAGGGAAGGAGGCCGAAGCGGAGGGAGCAGAAGGAACGGGGGGCGUCUGCGAGAAGCACCGGGCGCCCCUGGAACUCUUCUGCAAGGACGAUGAAGCCCCCUUGUGUGUGGUCUGCGGCAGAUCCAAAGAGCACAGAGAUCACGAGGUGAUUCCUCUGGAGGAGGCUUCCCAAGAAAAGGAGAAAAUCACGGCAGCUAGAAAGGAGCGAGUUUGCAAGAAGCACCAGCAGCCGCUCAAGCUCUUUUGCAAGGACGACGAAGCCCUCAUCUGUGUGGUCUCUGAUCGAUCCAAGGAACACCAAGGUCAUGAAAUCCUUCUUCUUGAUGAGGCAUCCCAAGAGUACAAGAAACAAACCAAAGAAGAGAAGCAAGCGAUAGCAACCAAGUUCCGGCAACUACACAUGUUUCUGGAGGAACAAGAGGAACUUUUGCUGGCCCAGAUGGAAGAGGUACAGGAGGAGGUAGCAAUAAAAACAGACAAGCACCUGGUGGAACUCUGCGAGGCACUUUCCUCUCUUGAGAGCCUCAUUCAGGUGAUGGAAGAGAAGAUCCAGCAGCCAGCCACUGAACUCCUGCAGGAUGUCAGAAGCACCUUGCAGAGGUAUGAAGAAAAGGAGACAUUAGAGAAUCUAUUGACUUUUCCUCUUUCACUGAAGUGGAAGAUCUGGGACUUGUGCGAUUUAAAUCUCUUUUUGGAGGGUGUCAUGAAGCAAUUCAAAGACACUCUGACCUCUGGACUUCAACUGCAGAAAGCAAAAGUGACUCUGGAUUUGAACACAGCCAAUCGCAAACUCGUCCUCUCUCAAGAUUGUAAAAGCAUAAGAUGGGAAAACAAAGGUCAAGAUCUGCCUGACAAUCCUGAACGAUUUGAAAAAUUUGGCAUUGUGCUGGGUCUUGAGGGAUUCACAGCAGGCCGACGUUUCUGGGAAGUCCUUGUGGGAAGUGAGGGAGCCUGGAUUGUGGGUGUUGCUCGAAAGUCUGUGAGGAGGAAGAAAGGGAUUAUCUUCAGUCCUGAGGAAGGGAUCUGGGCGGUGGGGAAGUGGGGGGGCCACUACAGGAUUGCCAGUGAGCCUGAUUAUUGUCCACUGACCUUGACCAAGGAGCUCCAGAGGAUCCGAGUGUGUCUGAACUAUGGUGGGGGGCAGGUGACCUUUUUUGAUGCUGACACAGCAAGCCCUCUCUGGACUUUCUCAGAAACAUACUUCUCUGCAGAGACCCUCCACCCCCUUUUUUGGGUGCAUUUAAAAGGCCACCUCCAACUCUCUUCUUAAGCACCCUAUUGGCAAAGGCCUUUCCCCAGUCAAUAAAGCUGACUUAAUCCA